AUGGAGGAGUUUUGGAGCAUGGUUUGUGGGGAUUCUGAUACUUGUGGAGAGAGAGCAAAGCCUUUGUGUUAUGAUUUCAAGUUUUUGAAAGAUCCUUCCUCUUGCAUCAACCACUUGCUGAUCAUUUGCUGUGAUGUGUUGCUGCUGAUAGUAUUAUCUUUAGUUAUGAUCCACAAGUCUUUGUUGAGACCAUUUCGGUGUCAGUUCCGUAUGCAAAGAUAUUCAAACUUGCAACUAGUUUCUACCAUAAUCAAUGGCUCCCUUGGGUUGUUACAUUUGUGCUUAGGCAUUUGGGUUUUAGAGGAGAAAUUAAGGAAAAGUCACACUGCGUUUCCUCUUGAUCUGUGGUUGCUAGAACUCUGUCAAGGAUUCACAUGGUUGUUAUUAGGCUUAACUAUAAGUCUUCACCUGAAAAAACUUUCAAGAGCAUGUUUGUGGCUGUUUUCUAUUCUUCUAUUCUUUGUUUCUGCCAUUUUCUGUGCUAUAUCUUUAUGUUAUGCAAUUAACAAUAAGGAACUGUCAUUCAAGAUAGCUUUAGAUGUUCUGUCUUUUUCAGGAGCAGUUUUACUACUUUUAUGCACAUAUAAAGUAUGUAAAGACAGUAAUGGAGAAAUUGAUGAAAGUCUUUAUGAUCCUAUAAAUAGCCAAUUCAAUGAAGUUGAUUUUGGUGGCCAUGUGACCCCAUUUUCCAAAGCUGGAUUCUUCAGUAAGAUGUUGUUUUGGUGGUUGAAUCCAUUGAUGAAAAAGGGUCAAGAAAAAACUCUCCAAGAUGAGGAUAUCCCAAAGUUGGGGGAAUCAGAUAGAGCAGAAAGUUGCUAUUUGUCAUUUGUAGAACAAUUGAACAGAAAAAAACAAAAAGAACCAUUAUCACAGUCAUUUGUUUUGCGGACAAUAGUUUUGUGCCACUGGAGAGAGAUUUUGACGUCAGGAUUGUUUGCAUUGCUCAAGGUGCUCACCUUGUCUACUGGUCCUGUACUUUUGAAUGCAUUUAUAUUGGUUGCUGAGGGUAAUGAAAGUUUCAAAUAUGAGGGUUAUGUAUUGGUCAUAUCACUUUUCUUUAUAAAGAUCAUAGAAUCCCUUUCACAAAGGCAAUGGUAUUUUCGUUGUAGAGUUGUUGGGAUGAAAGUUAGAUCAUUACUUACAGCAGCCAUUUAUAAAAAACUAUUGAGGUUAUCCAAUGCAGCUAGAUUGACACACUCUGGAGGUGAGAUAAUGAAUUACGUGACUGUGGAUGCUUAUAGAAUUGGUGAAUUUCCAUUUUGGUUCCAUCAAACAUGGACGACAAGUCUCCAACUAUGUAUUGCAUUAGUAAUACUUUUUCAAGCUAUUGGGAUAGCAACAGUUGCCUCAUUGGUGGUGAUAGUUCUCACUUUGCUUUGCAAUACUCCACUAGCAAAGUUGCAACACAAGUUUCAAAGUGAACUUAUGGUAGCACAAGAUGAGAGAUUGAAGGCCAGUUCUGAGGCUCUUGUGAAUAUGAAAGUGUUGAAGCUAUAUGCAUGGGAAACUCAUUUUAAAAAUGCUAUAGAAAGGUUAAGAAAUGUGGAACUCAAAUUUUUAGGUGCAGUGCAAUUGAGAAAGGCCUACAAUAUCUUUCUAUUUUGGACCGCACCUAUAUUGGUCUCUUCUGCUUCUUUCGUGGCAUGCUACUUUUUGAAAAUUCCUUUACAUGCAAGUAAUGUGUUCACUUUUGUGGCAACUUUGCGCCUUGUCCAAGAGCCAAUUACAGCCAUCCCAGAUGUUAUUGGGGUGGUCAUUCAAGCAAAAGUUGCAUUUGCCAGGAUCGUUAAAUUCCUUGAGGCACCUGAACUGCAAAGUGAAAAUUUUAGGAACAAGUGUUUUGACGAUAGUGUUAAAGGCUCAGUUUUAAUCAAAUCCGCUGACUUUUCGUGGGAAGGCAAUGUAUCGAAGCCAACACUAAGGAACCUAAACUUGGAGGUACGACAUGGGCAAAAGUUGGCAAUUUGUGGAGAAGUUGGGUCAGGAAAAUCAACUCUCUUAGCUACAAUUCUUGGAGAAGUUCCAAUGAUAAAAGGAACUAUUGAAGUUCAUGGUAAGUUUGCAUAUGUUUCUCAAACAGCAUGGAUACAAACAGGUACUAUACGGGAAAAUAUUUUGUUUGGAUCUGAGCUAGAUGCUCAAAGGUAUAAAGAAACACUUCAAAGAUCUUCACUACUGAAGGACCUUGAGUUGUUACCACAUGGUGACCUCACAGAAAUAGGUGAAAGAGGAGUUAAUUUAAGUGGAGGUCAGAAACAAAGAGUUCAACUUGCACGUGCCUUUUAUCAAAAUGCUGAUGUAUAUCUUUUGGAUGAUCCAUUCAGUGCUGUUGAUGCACACACUGCUACUAGUUUGUUUAAUGAAUAUAUCAUGGAAGGACUCAAAGGGAAAACUGUCUUGCUAGUGACUCAUCAAGUUGACUUCCUGCCAGCAUUUGACCUUGUUUUGUUGAUGUCAGAUGGGGAAAUUCUGGAAGCUGCUCCUUAUCAUCAUUUAUUGACCACAAGCCAAAAGUUCCAAGAUCUUGUAAAUGCGCACAAGGAAACUGCUGGCUCUGACAAUCCUGUGAAUGAUACUUAUUCCCAGAGACAUUCAACUUCUGCUAGAGAGAUUACACAAGCUUUCAUGGAGAAGAAGUUCAAAGCAGAAAAUGGAAAUCAAUUAAUAAAGCAAGAAGAGAGAGAGAUAGGAGACAAAGGGUUAAGGCCAUACUUACAGUAUCUGAAUCAGAUGAAAGGCUAUAUUUACUUCUUUGUGGCUUCCCUUUGCCACCUUAUGUUUGUUAUUUGCCAAAUAUUGCAAAAUUCAUGGAUGGCUGCUAAUGUUGAUAAUCCACAUGUCAGCACAUUGCGGUUGAUUUUAGUUUACUUCUUGAUUGGAGCUGUUUCUACAAUUUUCUCAAUGACCAGAGGUUUGCUAGUGGUUGCUUUGGGUAUGCAAUCAUCAAAAUAUUUAUUUUUACAGUUAAUGAACUCCCUUUUUCGUGCACCAAUGUCUUUUUAUGACUCUACACCAUUGGGAAGGAUACUUAGUAGGGUCUCUUCAGAUCUAAGUAUUAUGGAUAUUGAUCUCCCAUUUAUCCUCACUUAUGCUGUGGGAGGUACUAUCAAUUUUUAUUCCAAUCUCACAGUUUUAGCAGUUGUCACUUGGCAAGUAUUGAUAAUCUCUGUACCGAUGAUUUAUGUUGCAAUUCGAUUGCAGAGAUACUAUUUUGCUACUGCAAAAGAAGUAAUGCGCAUGAAUGGCACAACAAAAUCCUUUGUAGCAAAUCAUGUAGCUGAAACCACUGCUGGAGCUGUGACAAUAAGAGCCUUUGAGGAAGAAGAUCGUUUUUUUUAUAAGAAUCUUGAUCUAAUUGAUAUCAAUGCUAGUCCUUUCUUCCAUAGUUUUGCUUCAAAUGAAUGGUUGAUCCAAAGAUUAGAAAUAGUUAGUGCAGUACUUCUUGCCUCUGCAGCACUUUUCAUGGUUAUGCUUCCACCUGGGACAUUCACCUCUGGAUUUAUUGGGAUGGCUCUCUCAUAUGGCCUUUCACUAAAUGCUCAGCUAGUAUUUUCAAUUCAAAGUCAAUGCAAUAUUGCUAAUUACAUGAUAUCAGUAGAGAGGCUAAAUCAAUAUAUGCAUAUACCAAGUGAGGCCCAAGAAGUAAUAGAAGGAAAUCGUCCUCCUUUGAGUUGGCCUGUUGCAGGCAAAGUAGAACUAAAUGACUUAAAGAUAAGAUACAGGCCUGAUGGACCACUUGUUCUUGAUGGUAUCACAUGCACGUUCAAAGCAGGACACAAGAUUGGAAUUGUUGGUAGGACAGGUAGUGGGAAGUCCACUCUUAUAGGUGCUUUAUUUCGCCUAGUGGAGCCUGCAGGUGGAAAAAUUAUAGUUGAUGGCAUAGACAUCUCUUCUAUUGGCCUUCAUGAUUUGAGGUCACGUUUUGGUGUUAUUCCUCAAGAUCCUACCCUUUUUAAUGGGACAGUUAGAUAUAACAUGGACCCUUUAUCUCAACACUCUGAUCAAGAGAUAUGGGAGGUUCUUGGGAAGUGUCAAUUGAAAGAAGUUGUCCAAGAGAAAGAAGAGGGUUUAAACUCGUCAGUUGUUGAAGAUGGAUCAAAUUGGAGCAUGGGACAAAGGCAAUUGUUUUGUUUGGGGCGUGUCCUUUUGAGGAGAAGUAGGAUACUGGUGUUGGAUGAAGCAACUGCAUCAAUUGACAAUGCAACUGAUUUGAUUCUACAGAAAACAAUUAGAACUGAAUUUGCAGAUUGUACAGUGAUCACAGUAGCACACAGGAUACCAACUGUGGUGGAUUGCACUAUGGUUCUUUCAAUCAGUGAUGGAAAAUUGGUGGAGUAUGAUGAACCAAUGUGCUUGAUGAAGAGAGAAGGAUCGUUAUUCAGGGAACUUGUUAAGGAAUAUUGGUCUCAUUUUCAAUCUGCAGAAUCACAUUGA